AUGGAAGACGGGGAUCAAGUAAACAUGAGUAUGUUUUUUUGGGGCACGGGCUACCAAGAGACGAAUCCCAGCCCAGCCAUGCCUUAUUCUCCUUUCCCCGGACGGGUCCAUGACAAUUUGAAAAGUUGGCUGGAUCCCCAAAUGCUCAAGAGUCGCGAAGCACUUGGCAGCGAAGCGACGAAACAUAAUCCCAAGGACAUUUAUCGAUAG